GACUUGACUACCCGUUGCGACCCCUCCUUUCCUCCUCUUCUCUUCCCAAUCUCACACACUUCUCCGUGCGAUCAUGCUGACCCUUGCCUGGCUCGUGCCGCUCUUCUGUCAUGUCUUUGCGUACGAACGCCAGGAUUACACCGUCCAGGCGCGCACAGAAGCGGGCUGCGCGCCAAGAGGUACCGGCCGCACCGUCGAGAUCGCGCCAUACCUGUACAGCUUCAGAGUGACAUUGGAUCGCUUCUCUGAUGAUCAGCAAUGGCGGGCAGAAGUCGGUCACUCGAUAUAGUGUACCCUCGUUCUGAUGGCGUAGCGAGCAGUACUUGGCCGGUUCUAUUUCAGUCGAGACAGAGCUCGCAAUGUCUACAGGC